ACCGCCAUCUGCGGAAUACACUGUGCAAUAUUCUUACGCGAACAAUACAACCACAGGGACACGCGUAACGCGACAAUGGCGACCUGAAACAUUGGCGUGCGCUUCCUUGCUCCAUAUACUUCUGACAUCUCGCCAGUGUUUACCGUACUCCUUCUGCAUGUUCGUGAAUGUGAAACAUAUUCGUGCUAGCGUAAAAUAUGUGACUGGUGAAGAGGAACCAUUAAAAACGAGUAACUGCGCGGAUUCAGCCGUUGAAGCUAGCUAGGCGCACGACAUAAUUCAAUGGUGUUAGUCUCUGCCGAAAAAACGGGAAAGUCAUGUAUACAACGAUAUCUUGCCGAAUAUAAUGCGUUGUGGAGCAGUAGUAAAGACUUAUCAUCAAAAUCUAUUGUGGUGCUGAUAAGGCAUGUUAAAAUAAGGCAAGCCAACGAGGGAGAUGAGCCACAAUAUUGCAGGCAUGCCACCCUUUGCAAGGAUGCCUUUGGGGGGUAUGGGUAUGGGUGUGAAUAUGGGUCCUAGUGGCCCACAUCCUGAAUCUUCUGCUCACCCUCAUCCUCCACCACCGCCACCGUCUGGUGCCAAUCCAAAAAAGAAACGACGUACAAAUGCAAAUGUUGCUCAACCAUCUCCGCAACAACCUCCAAUAGUACAGGAUUUACUACCUCCACCUUUAACUGGCUAUGGAGACACAAUAGUAGCAAGUAACCCUUUUGACGAUACACCACCGCAAACCACGCAAACACCAAUGAUGCAUGGUGGACCGCCUCAUAUGCAUCCCCAUCACCCACAUCAUAUAAGUGGACCACCUAUGAGAGGCAUGAGCCCUUUAACUUCUAUAGGUGGAAUGAGUCCUAUGAUGCCUCACAAUAUGGGUAGUAUGAGUCCAAUGGGAAAUUCGCCCAUGACAAAUCACAUGAAUCACAUGGGAGCAAUGUCUCCUAUGAAUCAUGCGCCAAUAGGUGGUAUGAGUCCAAUGAAUAAUAUGGGCCCCAGCAUGCCACCUGGUCCGAUGAAUACCAUGAACAAUCAUAUGAAUAUGAGUCACAUGGGUAAUUCUCAACUUAGCGGCCCACCUAUGGGUAGUCCAAUGAAUAAUAUGAAUAGUGGCCCAAUGGGUAGUCCAAUGAAUAACAUGGGACACAGUAUGGGAAGUCCUAUGGGUGGUCCGCUGGGAUCUCCUAUGAAUACAAUGGGGGGAUCAAAUCAUAUGCCUAAUGGACCAAUGAAUAUGAACAAUAUUAAUAGCCAUAUACCACCCAAUAGCCCACUGAACGGACCAUCUAUGAACAGUGUAAACAGUCCACUUGGACACAACGGAUCUCAACCACAUCCGAAUCAUAUGGGAAAUAAUCUUAAUAACUUAGGAAGGCCCAUGAAUGGACCCAUGACUACCAUGAGUUCAAUGGUAUCCAAUAAUAUGAAUAUGAGUGGCCCAAAUCAAAUAAAUAAUAUGAAUAUGGGUGGGCCACCAAUGAAUAACAUGUCUAAUAUGAGUAUUAAUCAUCAUAAUCAAAUGAGUCACAUAGCUGGUCCAAUGGGUACAAUGUCUAAUAAUUUAGGCGGAGGUCCACCAAUGGGCCAUCCUAUUAACAUGGGAGGUUCCAUGCCACCUCAUGGUUUUCAAGGUCCACCGGGGAUGGGACCGAAACCAAUGCCAGUUUCUGCAGGAAAGAUAUAUCCUCCAGAUCAGCCAAUGGUGUUUAACCCACAAAAUCCUAAUGCUCCACCUAUUUAUCCUUGUGGAGUAUGUCACAAAGAAGUGCAUGAUAACGAUCAAGCGAUCCUUUGUGAGUCCGGUUGUAAUUUUUGGUUUCACAGGGGAUGCACAGGAUUAUCGGAAACUGCCUAUCAAUUAUUAACGGCAGAAGUUUAUGCCGAAUGGGUGUGUGAUAAGUGUUUGCAAUCGAAAAAUAUACCUUUGGUUAAAUUUAAACCAUAACACUUCUUGACUCGUCGUAUAUGCGACACACGAGUGACUCUUUGUUAGCGUUUACACCUUGUACACGCACACGUGCGCGUGUAAUUGCACACACAUAAACACAGACGACAUACACUAAUGCACGAGCAAAAUCGUGCAUAUAAUAUAAACAUGCGCUGUUUGUUAAUAUCUUAGCUUUAACUUGUUGAAAUAUUAGGGUAUUGCUAUGAGUCGUAUUGGUGAAUGAGAUGGCAAAAACGACAUAUGUUCAAAAGUUAUAUUAAUUUUUAAGUCUGUUUACAAGUCUGUUUACAAAGUAAUUUAUCUUUUAACUUUUGAUAUUCCUGACCCGUUUUCAAUCAACACUGUGAACUAUAAAUGAAAUCGGAGUCCAGAAAGCAUAAAAAUUUUAAAAAGAUUUAUAGGUAUUAAAAACUGUACAGUCAUCUGUAAACUUCGUUUGAUCUGUUAUUUUUAAUUGCAUUUGAUACAAAAUUAAAGAAUAAUUAUACAAGAUGCAUCAUGCAACUAAACGAAACCAUUUCUUUAAAAUAAGUAGAGAUAGAACAAUUUAUCAGAGAACAAAAUUAAAUAUUGCUAUCUGUUCUACAUUGCUACAGUACUUUUACGUAUUUUGUGCCUCAAUGAUUAUGCAUAACACCAUCUAAUUUUGUCUUGUAAAAUAUUUUCUCUAUCUCUAAUCAUAAAAUGUAUAUAGCACCACCCAUUUGCGUGAUACGCAACCCUAUAUACAUGAAAUAGAAAGAUAUGUACGUAUAUAUAUGUGAUAAACAGCGAAAAUUGCUGGAACUGCAUAUUAGUAGCAAAUGAAACAAAUACAUAUAUUCUGUUUACUUUAUUUAGCUUUGGGUGAACGUUCCUGCUAAAUUAUAAUUGACAUUCAAAAAUAAUUAACAACGUGUAUUACUUCAUCAAUUAUUUCUAGUUAUAUCAUUGUCAUUUAUCAUCAGGCUCGUUACGUUGAUUAAGGAUUAAAGUGGUAUUUAAAAAAAAAAAAGAGAUAUUGCAAAUGCACAUCUAGCAACUAUUUAAGAACAGAGUAAUAUGAAUUUUAAGCGAUGUAAAUUGUUCUCAUAACGCGAUUACAAAUGUUCAUGACUAUCUUCAAGUACCAGAACAACAAAAAAUUUCUAUAAACCCGUUCGUACAAUUGAAAUAUUACCGAAUUAUUUUAGGUUUCUAAAAAAUGCGUUUAACAAUGGUGUGCUAUGUAAAGAAUAAGUAUUGCUAAUACUUUCAAGCAUAUAUUAUUCUCAAACGCCGUUUUUUGCUCCCAAAUGUUACAAAUAAAAGUGCUGCGGUUCUUGUAUUUUUAUAUUUCAAAUAUUUUGGUAUAAACCAUGGUCAGUUAUAUAUUUUCGAGCUACUUUAGUGUUAUAGUUUAGAAUAUAUUCAAAAUGUAAAUAGAACCAACACUAAUGAGAAGUUUUAACACAGCAUGUAUAAAGAAUAUUUCUAUCUGUUUACAAAGAUCAAUCAACGGUUUACGUGAUGAGAAAGGAGGCUUGAAAAGUCGAACUUCUUUUUUUCCAUCAAAGAUCAUGUAUUGUUUCUUGCCAUGGUUUAUGCUGGGGUUUAAUUUGGCACUUAUCAAUGAUAAAUUUUUUACCUGUAUGAUUCUUCAUAUACCUUGACAAAGAAACAGCUCGAAUUCAUUUGAUGGAUAAUUUGCAGGGUCUUUCUGUAUUAUAUAUAAGAUCAUGCGAUGAACAAAUCACGUAUGUUCAUUUAAGCAGAAACAUAAAGACUCAGAUUCAUAAGAAACUUUGGUGUUCAGGGAAUGCAGGAAUGAUUACCGUGUAAACGAACCUUACGGAAUAAAAUGUGGAAACAUCAAUACUAUUACUAUUGAAUUAUAAUGAUAAGCAUGAUGUCAAAAAUAUGUGAUGCAUUUAUGUUUUCUGCAAAUCCGUCUUUUCUUGAUGCAAUAAUUGCCGUAACUUAAGAGAAAAUUCGUACAAAUAUGAAUUAAACUCAAGACACUUCGUAUAUAUAUUGAAUGAAGUCUCGUAUUUAGUUGCAGUAAUAAAUUUGUGCACACAUAUGAACACGCAUACAUAUAUUACAUUCACGCUCUUCUUCGUCAAGUUAAGGUUUAUUGUUAUAUCUGCCACAGACAUUUGGUGUCAGUACUAAUAUAAUAGUAUAUUGAAAAAGAACUGAAUAUAUUAUCGACGUGAAUGAUUAAUGUAAUGCAAAAGGAAAGGAAUAACUGAAUUCCGUCGGCAACUAAUGUAAAAUUAACAAGUCCACGGAUUGUAUAGUUUUAUUUAUAUAAAUAUAUAUAUAUAUAUAUAUAUAUAUAUAUAUAUAUAUAUAUAUAUAAAUAUAGCCAGUUAUCAUUUUACUACUUGAUGCCUGCGUUAUACGGAGGACUGACUUUGAAGAUUUCUAGAAUAUCUCAGAUUAACUAGUAUCUCUAAUACACGGCAGAGUUAACUAGUUAUUCUUCUAAACUUUAACUCUCGAGUUUCUCUCCGUAUAAUUCACGCUUUAAGCUUGUUUUAUUGUAAUCCUUUUUAACAAAUAUUAUACAUGAGUAAUGUACACAGGAUCCUAUAACUACAUAAUGCUCAUAUUAGUAUUACAACGAAUAGAAUACCAUCUUCACAUAUCUUCAUCCUAUAUUUUGUCAUGUUAUGACGGAACGAGGGGCGAGGGGGAGGGGGGCACGCUGAAGAUCUCGCGCGUUAACGUUGCUUUUUUUUCUCUAUUACGAAAAAUUAUAUAUGGGAAUGCAGGGGAUUAAGCAUAUAACGAGAAGAGAAAUAUUACUUGACGUGACGGUUGAGAGGGGGAGGGGGCAUGCAAUCGAGAACGAUGCUAGGUAUUUGAAGGAUCAAAGAUAAUGGUUUUCUAGUACAAACGAAUGAAUCGUAAUUUAAGUAACUACUAGUAGCUGCUCUAUUUUUCAGAGGUAAUUUACGUAAGUUGUAUCGUUUGCGAACGAAACCGUUAUGCGAUCACUGAACAUGACGCACGCCUAAGAACGAAACCUUAUGUCUAAAUGGGAAGAAUAAGUUCUUUAACUUAUGUUUAACAGUAGCUUAAUCCCUGUACAAUUUGUUCAAAGCAAAUGCAUUUCUUAUGUGUCUGAA